GUAAUCUGGUCCUGCCCAGCACACUCACUCAACAGUUGGCAGCCCACACUAGCUCACAGUGCUAGUGUCCUCCACGCUCCUUCACUCUGUUACUCCGUCACUUGUUAAGUUUGCUUCACCGCUCUUAAAUAAUUGUUAAGAGUUGUGUUUUUCAAAGGAAGUGUAAGAACCUGCGGGACAUUGGUCCUAGCUGUCUUGAAUAUAUUUUCAUAUCACUGUACCGUACUAUUGUUACAAGGAAAUUUUGAGUGGACGUUCACCGCACUUAGCAACCCUGUCUAGUAGCUGUUACAGCAGUGUAUCCUAGCAGACUAUCUUUAAGACAGCCAGGAUGGGAAACACGCUGUCCAACUGUAAAGAAUCCGGUUGCUUUGCCUGGCUGUUCCCCAAGAAACAUAACUUGCCAUCCAAGCCUGACAGUGUUGACCGCCCCAAGCCUCUUACACCAGAAUACAGCGACGAUGCUGAUUUCUUGGUGGUGAAGGACUUUGACCUGAUGACUGGUGAAAAUGGCAGCAGUCACCACACCAGCUCCUACCAUCUGAUGCAGGGAGACCAUCCUCGUCUGGUGCUGAGACGUGGACAAGAGUUUACCAUUAAACUUACAACCAACCAAGAAAUGGACAAAGAAAAGGAUAAACUUCCCUUAAUUUUUUCAAGAAUUCAGCAUGAUGCCAAGAGUCCUAAUUUUGGAAACCAGACUCUUGUUGGCGUUGGUAUCGGUGUGGAUGCUCAUAAUGGCUGGUCUGCAUAUAUACAAGAGGUAUCUGACUGCUCUAUUACAUUCAAGGUGAACAUAUCCAGCAAGGCUAUUAUUGGAGAGUGGAAACUGGAAGUGGAUGUCCAGUCGGGAGAUAAGGCCUAUAGUUAUCCUUGCAAGGAUACUUUCUUUAUACUCUUCAAUCCAUGGUGCAAAGAUGAUUCAGUGUACUUGGAGGAUGAAGCAGAGAGUCAGGAAUAUGUCCUCAAUGACUCUGGUCUUAUCUGGCGUGGCACAACCUCACGCUUGAGGCCUUGCCCAUGGAAUUUUGCCCAGUUUGAGGAGCAUAUCCUAGAAUGUGUGCUGUAUAUGCUCACAACUGUAUGCAAAAUGUCUCCUGCCAACAGAAAUGAUCCCGUCAAAGUGACCAGAGCAAUUUCUGCUGGGGUAAACUCUCCGGAUGAUGAGGGUAUUCUUGUGGGCAACUGGAGUGAUGACUACAGUGGUGGCUGUUCCCCAACAAAGUGGGGUGGUUCUCAGCUUAUUCUUCAGGAAUACUACAAGACAAAGAAGCCAGUCAAGUAUGGACAAUGCUGGGUGUUUUCUGGCGUAGUCACGACUGCCUGCAGGACACUGGGCAUACCUUGCCGUUCUAUUACCAACUUCUCGUCUGCCCAUGAUACUCACAAUUCCCUCACCAUUGAUACCUUCUUCGAUGACAAUGGAAAAGCAAUUGAGCAUCUCAACUCUGACUCUGUGUGGAAUUUUCAUGUUUGGAAUGAAGUGUGGAUGACUAGGGAUGAUCUAGGGGCGGAGUUCAAUGGCUGGCAGGUUAUCGAUGCUACACCACAAGAGGAAAGUGAUGGUCAGUAUCGUUGUGGGCCAGCAUCUUUAGCUGCUGUGAAGAAUGGACAUAUCAAACUACCAUAUGAUAUACCUUUUAUCUUUGCCGAGGUAAAUGCUGAUAAGUUGUUCUGGAAGUAUCGUGGACCUAACCAACCAAUGAAGCUUCUGGGACGCAAGACUGGCGGCAUUGGUCAGUAUGUGAGUACAAAAGCAGUGGGCAGGUACAUGCGUGAAGAUGUUACACAUCUUUACAAAUUUGAAGAAGAUUCGAGAGAAGAACGUGCUGUGGUGCGUAAUGCCCUUCGGAUGUGUGAAAACCUCUUCGCUAGGUACUAUCUCAAUGAGGAGUUGGAAGACAUAGAGUUCGACUUCCAAAUGAAGGAUGAUAUUAUUAUUGGUCAACCUUUCACAUCUUCAGUGGUGGUGCAAAACAAGAGUGACAAGGAAUAUGAUGUGGAGAUCUUACUGCGUGCAGACACAGUGCUAUACACAGGUGUUACCAAGGAUCUUGUCAAGAAACACACACAAGAUCUUUUGAUAAAACCAUACUCAAAGGAGACAGUGGUGCUAGAAGUGAACUUCAAUGAAUAUUACUGCAAGCUGGCAAAUCAGUGUGCUUUCAACCUUGUCUGUCUUGGCAAGGUCAAGCAGACUAACUUUGAGUACUUUGCUCAAGAUGAUUUCCGCUGCAGGAAGCCUGAUAUUAAAGUUGAGUAUGAAGGUGAGAUGGCAGUGAAUGUGGAGACAAAGUGCAAAGCCUACUUUACCAAUCCACUUCCAAUGGUGCUCACUAAAGGAUACUUCAUCGUGCAGGGUGCUGGACUAACCAAAGUUCAGGUCAUCAAAGUCAAAGAAUCUGUCCCUGUGGGCAGUGAGGCAAAAUGUGAGUUCACAGUAAAACCAACUACAAGUGGUGAACGUGCAUUAAACAUCAAAUUCGACUCUCAGCAACUGGAGGAUGUUGAUGGGCUCACAACGGUGCAAGUUUCAGAGACCUUGCCUGUCUCUAACUCAAAUGAUGCUAAUCACUCUAAUAGUGGUGAUGCAGAUUCAGACAAAACAGAGGAACCAGAGGAGGUAACCCCGGGUGGAAAGAUUACUGAAGAAAAUUAAAUAGGUGUGCUAGAAUAAAAGGGAGGAAUAAAUUGGGAAAAUAAUUUUCCUUAAACAUACUGAAUUAUUGUAUUAAGGAAAAGAAUAAGAAACACAGUGUGCAAGAUGGACAGACUUUUCCAGGAGUUUUGAAGUCUCUGCAGUGACAAUGAGGAAGUGUGAAGCUAUGUACAGUAUUAUAAAAUUCUAGAGGAUAACUUUUUUUUUUAAAGUGCCUUGAAUUUUUAAUCCUGCAUUAAUUUUAUAAAGUGGGCAAACUCCGCCUCUUGGGUAGCAAGAGGCAGCUGUAGAUAUUGACGAAGUAUUUUGUACCGACUAUUAAAGUAUAAUUAAUCUUUUAUAAGACAAUUAAUAUUUUUAAACAAAGGUUAUUGCAAUAGUACACUAUGUUUAUUAUCAAUAAAAUACAACCAGUUGUAUAUGUUACAUACAGUAAAUAAUUUUUUUUUUUCUCAUGUUAGUGUUUAAUUAGCCACUGCAGUAUUACUCAGUUGGACCUCUCCCCAAUACUAAAUUACCUGUAUUAAACUAAAAUAAUGCUUCAUAGAUUUUACCUUUAUCAUAAUAUCUCUGCAUUUUAGAUUUUUAGUUGAAGGGUACUUAAUCCCAUCCAUCCCAUUAAUUCUAAAUCUCUUAAGACAUGGUAAAAUCCAGGUUCUGCUGCCUUGACACUCUUGCAGUUGUUGCAAGAGACUUUACAAAAUGCAUUUGUAAGUUUACAGUUUUUAUCAUACCACAGUUUUGAAUGAAACAUUGUAUUAUCUGUGUAAGAAUGUCAUGCAAGGAUGUAUUUCAAAGUUAAUUGUGUACAUACUAAAGCCAAUAUGCAGCUUCUGUAUUUUAUAGACCAAAGAAAGGAUCAGUUACAUUUAUUAGACAUAAAAUUAUGCUUAAAUGUUUUCAUGAUUUAGGAUUUACAGCCAAUUUUUCCAAUAUUCCAUGCAUUAAAAUUAGAAAAUGAAUUAACAUCUUAGCCAUAUAUAGAUCAGAUAGCAAAACAUUUAUUUAUGGUUAGUAUUAGUCAGCAUUGUGUAGCUAUGAUAUACUGCUGGUGAGUAUUGUAAUUUAAGAAAUAGUGUACAGUAUAUUACCCUGGCUUUCAUAUUUGUCUGAGGUCAGUAUGUGUAGUGUUGUAUUCGUUCCAUGGCAAAAACAAAUCUUAGAAUUCUGGCUUCUAAUUAAGCAUAUUUUUAAUAAUAAGUAAGAUGCAGAUUAUGAAAUUAAUUCACUUCAUUGUGAUGGAGUAAGAGUACAAAAUUGAUGUGCAUCACAGAAUUAUGUAUCUUAAUUUUUCAGUCACAAAUAUUAAUGCCCAGAGACUAUAUAAACUAUUACAGCUAUAUUUUGUAAGAGAUUUUUAUCGAUUUUGAUUUUUACACAUUGCAACAAAAAUUCUAAAAUCCAGUUGAAGUUACUUUCUCUCUUCACCUGAAAUGGUAUAAUUUUUUUGCAAGUGUAUUUUAUAUUCAUUGUUACCAUUGUGGACAUAUAUUUUUGUAGAUAUUUCUUAAAGCAUUUGUUAUAGUAAAUCACAAAUACAUUUUGUAAUCAUAAUAAUGGAGUGAGAUAUUAAAUAUUUGUCCUCCAUAAAUAAUACAAAAAUAUAUUUUUAGGCAUGCAUGUAUAAAUUUCCUGCUCUCUAUUACUGAAUUGGAACUAAAUCUUUUCUAAAUAAUGUUAGUUUUGUCUCAAGACAUGAAUAAUUAGUCAAGUUAAAUAUUGAUUGAGAGUGGAGAUAUAUAAUGAUCACAUAAAUGUAUUUAAUGUUGAACCCAACGGUUAGACUUCAUCAAUACUUUUUGAUAUGUUUUAAUUAUAGUAUACUUAAAUUUAGCAUUAAGCAUGUGAAUAUGCAUCCCCAGGGUGCCUCCUGUCAUGCGUGUAUCACUAUAGGUAAACUUUCAGUCACUUGCUUUGCAAUAAUUUUUACUGUUGAUGUGAGCUUUUUUAUACAUUAAAACUUAUUCAUUUAU